UGCAAAUGAAGAUUUGAAAAAAGAAAAUGCCCAAUUGAAUGAAGAUAAUAUAAAAUUAACUGAUAAAAAUAAUAAACUAAAAGAUGAAAAUGAAAAAUUAAAUACCUCAAACAAUUUAAACAAUGAAAUGAUAAGUGAUGUAAACCAAAAAGCGAAUGUUUCUUUGGAGAAUUUUGGUGUCAAGUUUGAAAGAACAGAAACAUUAGGAAGUAAAAUGGAUAAAAUCAUAAUAGUCAGUGAAGAGUUAAAAGGGGUAAUGAUGGCAUAA